CUGUGCGCGAAAUCCACUUCCUGGUUACGUUACCGCUUGGCUUCCUUUGCCUGUCAGCUGUGCCUUCUACAACAACAAUAACUACCAGGAUCACACUUAUACGGUCGUGUCUACGGUUUUCAACAGGAUAAGUAUAGUAGAAAACACAGACGACGGCGUUGUACCUCAGAUGAAAAGACGAGGCCAGUGAAACAGAAUGGAGGAUUUCAGGCGGACGUACCUGCGUCUGUGUAAGGAGGGAGGAGUGGAUCCUCAGGAGGGUGUUGUGGCUCAGCUCCAGGAGAAAGGAGGGACUCAGGGCUCCAGGCUGGACCUGAACGGACAGAGUCUGUCUGCAGAAACAUGCUCUGUGCUGGCCAGAGUUCUCCAUAAUGAUACCGUCUUCACAGAGGUGUCGUUCAGUGACUGCAUGCUCAGUGAGGAAGGUGCCAAAGUUCUCCUGACUGGGCUGUUUGGUAACACGACUGUAAAAGUCCUGGAUUUAAAGGGGAAUAAUCUGAGAUCAAAAGGGGCCGAGGUGUUGGCUAAGCUGCUGGCACGGAACGAAACCCUGCGCAGGCUGGUGUUGGAGUGGAACGCUCUGGGAGUGUGGGACGAAGCCUUCUCGCUCUUCUGUGAAGGUUUGGCCGCCAACAGCGCGCUGACACAUCUGGACCUGCGCAACAAUCAGAUCAACCACAAAGGAGCAUCAGAGCUCGCACUGGCACUCAAACGCAACAACACCAUUGAAGUACUCGACCUGAGGUGGAACAACCUUGGUCUGCUGGGGGGCAGGUCUCUGCUGGAGGCUCUGCAGAAGAACAAGAGCAUAGUGCAGCUGGAGAUCGCAGGGAACAACAUACCGAGCGACACACUCCGAGCACUCGAGCAGUCCACAGGGCACAACUCCGACAGACAGUCCAGCCAGAGAAUGAGCCACAGCAGGACCCAGGUCCUCAGCAAGGAGAUCAAUAAACUCAAGGAGGAAAAGGGCCGACAGUUCCUGAACCUGAUGGAAACCAUCGACAGGCAGAGGGAUGAGAUGGGGCACUCCAACAGGUCCACCUCCAUUCAGAUUGGCCAACUCCAGGAAGCUCUGAAUGAGAGGAAGUCAGCUGUCAACUCUCUCACUGCCAAACUGCAGAUGACAGAAGCCGCCCUCGCCCUCUCUGAGCAGAAGAACCACAACAUGGGAGAGCUGCUGGCCCGAGUGAAGACUGAGAAAGACGAACAGAGGGAGCGACAGAGCAGAGAGAGGAGGAAAGAGCAGGAGGACAGCGUACUCAGGGAGGGCAAACUCCUCAGAGAGAUCCAGAACCUGACAGAGACCAACAACCAACUUCGGAAUAAAGGGGAGGAGACGGAGCGCCGCUGUAAGUCGCAGCAGCAGCAGAUUUUUGAAGUGAAGCAGGAGCUGACCAACAGCACAGCAGAGCUCAAGCUGCGACUCGCUCAGGCAGAAGAUCGUCUGGAAAUAGAGAAGCGAAGGUCCAAGCAGGCUCUGGAGGACAUGGACGGUCUUCGCCAGAAGGAGGUAGAACAUGUGAAUCGACAUCUGGAAGAGAGUGAGAGAACGCUACAGGAGCGCAUCUUCAAACUGGAGGGACAGCGGAUACAACUAGAAGAGGAACUGAGUAAAGCUAAAGCGGCAUGUGUGACGGAGAGAGCCCAGGCGGAGGAGGAACUGGGCAGAGUGCGAGCUCAAGUGCGCCUGGAAGAGCAGGAGCACGUGUCAUCGCUUGAGGAGAAGCUCCGGUCGGUGCGCUCCUCCCUGCAGGAGGUGCAGCUCCACUGCUCCCAGCAGAAACAGACCAUCAGUGAGCUGCAGGCCAAGAACAGCCAGCAGAGCAUCGAGAUGGACGGACUGAAGCGCCGGAUCGAGGAGCUCCAGCAGGAGCUGUCAGGGAAGGACCAGGAGAGAGUGGCUGAGGUGAGUCGGGUGAGGGUGGAGCUUCAGGAGCAGAUUGGACAUUUACAGGCCGAGAGGACGGUACAGGGAGGACUCAAAGAGAAGAUCAGUGCUCUGGAGAGAGAGAUCAAAGUACUGAGCAGUAACCACAGAGAGGCGCUCCUGGACAAAGAGAGCGAGAUGUCUUCCAUGCUGGAGAAGCUGCGGAUGAAAGACGCAGAGAUCCAGAGGAUGAGAGAGGAUGAAGCCACCAGAGCCAGCUACCUGCAGAGCGCCAUCCUCACCUACGUCCAGGGCUCACCUCUGGGACACUUCAGCAGCCCCAAGAAGUGACCAGAGACCUGAACACCUGGACCAGGUCAGGACCAUCUGAAGGAUCACACAUAUCUGGAUUGUCUGGACUUGAAAGGAAGAGAUGCUAACAGUAACAUGGGGUAGUAAGUUGGUGCUUGUUUUUUAACUGUGAUACCAAACACAAAGUGCAGAGUCAAUCAAGAAAUGAAGGAUUUGAGAAGCAGGGCUGUAGGAAGCGUUAGGUGCAACUCAUCAGGUGUCACUUUCUUACCAAAACAUGCACGAAGUUCAGUGAAGUAGGACUCAUUUUAACAGGUCUUUGAUCUGGUUUUACAUCAUUUGUUCCAGUAAGGAUGGCUGUGUGUGUCACGCCCUGUUUUGACCGCUUAUCAACAUGUGGUUUUUAUGAUGGACUCACAAGUGGACAGCUUUAACUGCAGGUAUGAAUGCGGACAGACUGAUAUCUUGUCACACCGGCUGCAUACAGAGGUGGUCUGGGACGUAUUUGUCCACACUGGCCUCACUAAGGACCGACGACUCUCUCUGUAUCUGUGACAAUGAUUAGACUAGACCCUGAUUUAAUCAUCCUCUGCUGAGCCUCGGGAAAAUCUUUGUUUUUAAUGUCUCAUGUAAUUCCAACAUGGAGAGAUAUACUCCAUGCAUUAAAGCCAGGCGUGCACAAAGAUACAGGAUAUUUAAUAUACUUUUUCACUAAGAGGAUGCAUUUAAUCAAUUAAAAUAGAAGGAUCCAAUACUGACGAGGGAUGAGGGUUCUUGUGGGACAUGUUCAGGGACUGUUUCUGCUAAAGUACAUGAUCCAUUUCUUCUCACGUUAUUGAUGCGAUGGAGAGAUAUGACCUGCAAUGUUUCAUAAAGACCACACAGAUCUUAUCGUCUUCUGUCAGCAGAUACUCCAGUCUGCUGUGUAGUUCUUUUAUUGAUCUGAAGGCUUCAUGACCAAACAAAGUUCACGUCACAGUCACCCUUCCCCUCUCUCCCACUCGGUCAUUUGUGCAGCUCUCCUCCUCUAGUAGUCUACAUCACUUUCCUUUUUCAUCCUUUAAUAUUUCAAAGCCUAAUGAAGGUGAAUGAAGCUCUAUGUUUCUGUGCAUGUGAAGCUGUAAAGAUCUGAUUACAGGUGGUGUCUGGAGACACAGUGAGACACGUCAUACUACAGUGCUGUCCACAUGUGAUCCAACCACUGGAGACAGAAGUUAAUACCAGUCAUAAACGGGGACUAAAUCAGCCCCAAAGUCCAUUCUGGUUUAGUUCAGCUUGGGUGUUUUUGUACAUCACGCUGUCUUCAGAGUGCAGCUGACAUCUGGGAAACAGUUACCUCACUUUAAAGAAGCCGUAUGGGCUGAUCAGACGGACUCAGUUUUAGGAUUAUUAAAUCACAUAGUAUUGAGGUGAGAGAAGAAGUGAACACUCCCACUCCCUCCAUGAACAGGAGACAUUUAAGGUCAUAUUUCAGUGUGUCCUCUAUAAGCUCACCAACCUACCUGCAGACCCGUCAGACACUGUCCUGAGCUCUCAUCUGUUUAAUGAUCCCACGCCAUCUAUCUCUGUUAUUGUCUGUUUCAGCUGUUUGGUUGAUAGUUGACUAAUCGGAUUCAGAAACUGGGAUUAAGAAUGGGAAUGUCAUCACCCAAGAUGACUUGCCAACCAAUUAUCUGGAGUACAGAAUUGGCACCAAGCCUGGAAUGUGAUGGACGCAGCUGCACAGGUUGUUUUCACCCGAUUAGCACAGUAAUAACUCUUAAAGUGACACAGGUCUGUUAUGUCAUGCUGUAAAGAGGCAUGGAAAGAUAUAAUGGACUGAUAGAUUACAGAAAAACAAAUUUAACGACAACAAAUUUACUUCUGUGUGCAAGGCUGAGCCAGAGUCUGUAUAUCAUUACCUGUAGGCCUGCAGACGUGACAUAGAGAACAUAUUUCCCCUGUCAAACAACAAUGUGCAUAUGAAAACGAACAUCUGAUCUGCCUGCAUAGGAUAACAUGGCAAACAGAAUAAUGUUAAGAAAAGAUAAGGUUUGUAUCCUGUUUAUCAUAUCAUCAAAGUCCACAGCAGCGGAGAUCCAGAGGAACCCAGGAGACAAGGGAGCUCAGGGACUCCAGAGUCUGUAAAUUGUUAUCUCUGGGCCUGCAGACGUGACAUCGAGAGCAUAUUGCCCCAGUCAAACUACAGUGUGCAAAUGAAAACUAACAUCUGAUCUGCAUGCAUACGAUAACAUGACAAACAGAAUAAUGUAAAGUAAAGAUAAGGUUUGUAUCCUGUUCAUCAUCUUAUCGUAGCAUGUCAGCAUGCAUUAAGUAAUUAACAACGAUCACAGCUGAGGAUGAUGGGAACGUUAGACCUGAUGAGCGUGCAGGAAGACCUCAAGUUCAUCUUGACGGGGACAUGAAUGUGUUUUCUAAAUCUGAUCCAUCAGUUGUUGAGACAUCUUACUCUAAACCACAAACGUGUGAACCUUGUGUGGUGCUACAAAAAAGACAGGCCAUUAAAAAGAGGUGGGUGUGUUGUGGUCCAAACCAUCCAUCCAUCCAUUAUCUUGACCGUUUGUCCCGUUUUGGGGUCACGGGGGGCUGGAGCUUAUCCCAGCUGACUUCGGGCAGAAGGCAGGGUAGACCCUGGACAGGUCGCCAACCCAUCACAGGGCAAACAUGGAAAGACAGACAACCAUUCACACACACUCACACAAUUUAGUGUAACCAAUUAAACUGGAUAGCAUGUUUUUGGACUGUAGGAGGAAGCCAGAGAGAACCCACGCAUGCAUGGGGAGAACAUGCAAACUCAACACAGAAAGGCACCUGCCCUGGCUCAGCUUUGCAAACUCGAACCACUAACCUUCUUGCUGUAAGGCAACAGCACUACCCACGGCACCACCGUGCAGCCUAAACCAAAUCAGUGCAAAUUCAGCACAUUGCUCUCUUUCUCCGUUCAUGUCCUCCCUCUCUCAGGCAAUCUUCACCAGCGACUGUGAAGUCUUCUACACCGUGUAUCUAAUAAGUAUCCUCUUUAAUCAACACAGCAAAGGCAUUUCCACAAGUGCUCUGAGCUUUUACUCUUUGAACAAAUAUUUGUCUUUUCGAUGAGAUUUUUUCAAACAUGUUUAAUCUGUUCAUGAGAUCAGGUGUCAGCGUACAGUUUGGUGUAUUUAAUUCCUCUUUUUAAUAACUAUUAAAGAAGGAGUUUAAACAUUUAAGUGAAACAGGUGGUAACAGAAUAAGGACACUUGGUUUCACCAUGCCAGAGGCGUGAAGUACAGCUGCAUCAGUUUUAUAGUCAGAAAUAUUUGACAGCUGGAUCUGAAACAGAUGGCUGCCCCUAACUUACAGUCCGAGUGUUUCUCAUGAGCUCAAAUCAUCGCCAAAUAUCUUCCGAGCUAACUGUUUGGCUCUUAAUGCACCAUGAAAUAGUGAACUAUGCUGUUUUUUAUAAAUGUUUUCACUGUGCAGCCUCAUUCAGUUCUUCCCCUGCAGACCACAUAUGCCUUAAUACUGUAUGUGUCACAUCAGGCGUCUGCUCCUCUGCAGCUCACAUGCAGAAAGCAGGGCACCCAUUUCAUAAAUGUUAUCUGCUCUUUUUCCUACAAUAUGAAUCAUUUUAGAGACAUUGCUGUGUUUUAUCUCAACAAUACUACAGAUGAAUAAUUCAUGUGCCCUUUUUUCUGUCUUCUUACUGUUGAGCUCUGUUUUUGUUGAUGUUUCAUCGAGGAUGCGUUCAGUGGGUCUGUUUGAGCAAUAAAUGUGAUUUUCUUAACGUGG